UAUCAGUAAAGAUAAAUACUUGUAAAAAAUUUUAUGAAGUUGUAUGCCAACUUUUCUUACCUGUGAUUAAUAAUUUCACUUGUAUUCUCUCCUUUUCAUGCAUAGAAAGAAAAGAACAAAAAUGGGUGGGGUUGCAUGAAAAAAGCUGCAUCAUAUACCCAUUUUUUCCACAUAAACAUAAAUUAAUCUCCGUACCCUAACUUCUUCUUCAAAAAAUCACAGGUACUCUCUCCAUCCCCAAGAAAACAAGAAGAAAAUGGCUUUGAGCAACAACGUAAUCGGCUGCAUAAACUUGAUUGCCCUUCUUCUUUCGAUUCCAGUGAUUGGCUCUGGAAUCUGGCUGGCAAUGGAACCAGACAACUCUUGCGUGAAGAUUUUACAAUGGCCUGUCAUCAUCCUGGGCAUCCUAAUGUUGUUUGUUGCAGUUGCAGGGUUGAUAGGAGGGUUCUGGCGCAUUCCAUGGCUGCUCAUUGUUUACCUCAUCGCCAUGCUCAUCCUCAUAAUUCUGCUUGCUUGUUUGGUUGUUUUCAUUUACAUGGUGACUCUUAAAGGCGCAGGUCAUCUGGCACCGAGUCGAGCUUACUUGGAAUAUCGUCUUGAUGAUUAUUCUGGCUGGCUUCGUCGACGGGUUCGAUCUUCUUUUAAGUGGGAUCGGAUUAGAAACUGCCUCGGUUCUACAAAUAUGUGUGCUGAGUUGAACCAGAGCUACCGUAUGGCUCAAGACUUCUUUAAUGCUCACAUUGGCCCUUUACAGUCCGGAUGUUGCAAGCCCCCGACAGCAUGUGGAUACACAUAUAUAAACCCGACGUACUGGAUAAGUCCAAUAAAUACUGCGGCAGACAUGGAUUGUCUGAACUGGAGCAACGACCAAAAUCAACUCUGCUACAAUUGCGAUUCAUGUAAAGCAGGAUUAUUGGAGAAUCUGAAGAGAGAAUGGAGAAGGGCUGACGUAAUUUUGGUCAUUACACUCGUCGCUUUCAUUUUUGUAUACGUCAUAGGCUGUUGUGCUUUUCGGAAUGCUAAAACAGAAGACAUAUUUCGAAGAUACAAACAAGGUUAUACGUAA